AGAAGGAGAAGGAUGAGAAGAAGGAGAAGGAGAAGGAUGAGAAGAAGGAGAAGGAUGAGAAGAAGGAGAAGGACGAGAAGAAGGAGAAGGAUGAGAAGAAGGAUGAGAAGAAGGAGAAGGAUGAGAAGAAGGACACGGUUGAAACCGCUGUAUGGAGUGAAAUGAAUGUCCCAGAACUGUCAGGAAUAGGCUAUUUCUGACAGUUCUGUGACAUUCACUCCAUACAGCGGUUUCAACCGCUGUAUGGAGUGAAUGUCACAGAACUGUCAGAAAUAGCCUAUUUCUGACAGUUUCUGGGACAUUCACUCCAUACAGCGGUUGAAACAUUGUAUCUAUUUGUUUCCA